CUCCACGUUACAAUAACAACAAAAUCACUUAAUGGUGGCUUAGAUCUUGUUCUUAUAAUCUUAUUAUUAGUCUCAAAAUUCAACACAAAAAAGCCACCAAGUUUGAUUCACAAAUUAACACUUAGUAUUCAAAAACCUUUUUUUCUUCCUUUUCUUUCUAUUAAUUGCUAUUAUUUGCUAUUAGUACCUCCCUAUAUAAACCUUUCUUUUCUGUUGAUCACUCUUACAGAAUAAGAUUCAGAUCCUAAAGUGAAGAUGGAUAUUAAUGAGUGGGUUAUCCUUUCUGAUAAUGGUUUUCUUGAUGAUGAGAAACAGAUUUUCUUAGGAACAAGAAACCCACUCUCAGACUCAAUCAGUAAUUUCGACAAAGAUUACUUUUGCACCUCCCCAAAAUCAACAAAAACCAUUGAAACUGAACCCUCAAAAGUACCAAAACUACUUAUCCAUGUUCCAAUUCAACUUGAACCCAAAUUUGAGAAACUUCCAACUGAAGAAGAGUUGGUGAAAGAACACACUGAUGAAGACACUGUUUCACAAGUUUUCUUUCAUAUGAAGGAAAACAAAUUUGCUGACAUGAAAUUGGAGUCACCAAAAUCUAGUAGUGGUAGAGGAUUGUUAGUUGAGGACAUGGAGAUGAUGACAUCUCCUAGAAUGAAGAACAUGGAGAAAGACAACAACGUUGGUAUGUACAAUGAUGAGAAAGAAGGAGAGACCAUGAAUGGUGGUUUUAAUUUAUGGAAGUGGAGUUCGACAGGACUUGGAGCUAUAUGUUCUUUUGGUGUUGCUGCUGCCACAGUUUGUGUCUUGUUCUUUGGAAGCCAACAAAGGAUCAAGAAAGACCAAACUAUUAGGUUUCAGAUCUACACUGAUGACAAGAGGAUUAAGCAAGUGGUGCAGCAUGCAACGAAAUUGAAUGAAGCAUUUGCAGCAGUGAGGGGUGUUCCUUUGAGCAGAGCUCAUAUAACUUAUGAUGGUCACUAUGAUCAUAGUGUUUGAGGCAUUGGUGAAACUUUUGGAUGGUGAAAUGAGUCACAAUUUUUAAUUGUGGCUCUGUAAAUUAAGUUACGGAUUAGGGGGACUUUUAUUAUUUGUAGUAUUUUAUAGUUUUUGGUGUUGAAAGGUUAAGAAGUUUGUAUGAUAGUUGCCCCAAAUCUAUCUAUAAUAUAAGAAAAUUAAUGGCUGUGGAAAAGUC